AUGAAAGCCCUCAAUGACAAGCUUGACAAGUUCCUCAAGCAGCAGAAGCAUGUUAUUACGGAUAACUCGGCUUCCACCUCAACAAGUCACACGGAGUCUGCAAAUGAGAUCGCCUUACGGAGUGGCCGACAAUUACCCCCGAGAACAGUACCACUGGACAUCACUGAGGACAGCAAUGAUAUAGAUGGGGAGGAUCUCGGUGAACCGAUCGUUUCUGCUGAACCACCAAGCCACUCCCCAGCACAACCCGAUGCUCAACCAGAUCCAUCACCCGACCACACCACUAGGAUAGGUGAUCGGGUUUACCCUCAGGUAACUCCGCCUCCUGCAGACAAACCAGGAAGAGAAAAGCAAAAAGAAAGGAGAUUCAUUCCCCCACCUUACAAGCCACCUCUGUCGUUCCCUGGACGAUUUUGCAAGGAACUCUUGGAGAAGUACAAAGCACUGUUUGAGAAACAGAUGCAGGAACUCGAACUUCGCAUGCCCCUUAUGGAUGCUUUCACCUUGAUACCUCCUUACCAGAAAUUCCUGAAAGAUGCAGUCAUGGAGCGAAUCAAGCAAGUUCAAAGGAUGGUUAUACUUAAUCAUGAGUGCAGUGCCAUAAUUCAGAAAACUGCCGCACCUAAGAAAAUGAGCGACCCAGGAUCGUUUACUUUACCUUGCUCUAUGGGACCAUUGAAGUUCGGAAGAUUUCUUUGCGAUUUGGGGGCGUCAGUCAGCUUGAUGCCACUUACUGUAGCUAAUCGUCUCGGAUUCGAGAAAUUCAAGCCUACAGACAUCCAACUGGUUCUGGCUGAUCGAACUACGAGGUUUCCAAGCGGAAUUUUGGAAGACUUGCCAGUCAAAGUAGGGUCAGUAGACAUACCAACCGACUUCGUGGUUUUGGAAAUGGAUGUGGAGCCAAGGGAUCCGCUUAUCUUAGGACGACAAUUCUUAGCCACCGCAGGAGCAAUAAUUGAUGUAAGGAACAGGAAGAUCGAUCUGAAGCUCGGGGAAGACCUCACUAUGCAGUUUGACAUUCGGGAAACUAUGAAAAAAGCUACGAUAGCUGGGCAAACCUUCUAUAUAGAGGGAUUAGAAAAACUGCACGAGGAGCCAUUUGAGGAGAUUGCGAUAGGGGAUUGUUUACAAACGGCACAUAAAAAUGAUGGUUAG